CCCGCCCGCCCCCCGGGACUCCGGCUUCCUUGCACCUCCGGGGCCCCGGGCUGCCGGUGUGGUCUCAUUCAUUUCGAGGUCGCUGGUGCGGAGGAGCUGCGGAGGAUCCCUUGGAGAAACCGUGCACCCCUCCCCCGUUGACCUUCUCUCUCCGCUCCCUCGGCCACAUCGGGUGGCUUUGAGAAAAUGGCUUUCCGCAUGGCAGCACUUUGCACUGUUAACCAUUCUCUAAUCGCUACCUGGACCUAAGCUGCAGUGAUCGUUUAAGAUUUAUGGCCUUUCUCGAGCUGUAUUUGGGUCACAUUUUUAAGAUCCCUUAUGAGUCAGUGGAAGAUGUUUGUAUCUGCAGGGCUAACAGGACCUGGUCGAUUAUUACUUGGUACUCACGGGGAACUGUUAUUGAAGGGAGGCCCAUCUGAUGGAAUAAGUAAUAUAAAGAAAGAAAUAAAAGAAUGAUUCAAGAAGAUACCACUUCUAAAUGCAAGUGCCAGGAGAAUUACAGCUCAUCUCAGUGAAUCUGCAAGUGUUGUUUGAGAAGAAUUUAGAGUUGAGAACAUAAAAGUCGUCUUGUCUUCCCCACUACUCUGUCUGCCAUGUGUUACAUUGGGUCUAAAUGAUGUAAUGGCUGUGUGUCCAGUCUCAAGUGAGCGAGCACAGCGAGCAAAAGAAACGAGUAGAGAAGGGGAACCUGACAGAAGAGCGUCCUCGGAUGAGGAUUUACAGUACCCAGGCUGUCUUCCUGUGGGCUGGCAGGCAGCUCCAGGACUGCAGAAUGGGGCUUCGGAUUCACUUUGUUGUUGACCCACAUGGUUGGUGCUGCAUGGGCUUGAUUGUCUUUGUCUGGUUAUACAAUAUUGUUUUAAUUCCCAAAAUUGUCCUCUUUCCUCACUAUGAAGAAGGACAUAUUCCAGGCAUCUUAAUAAUAAUAUUCUAUGGCAUCUCCAUAUUUUGUCUGGUUGCCUUAGUGAGGGCCUCCUUAACUGAUCCUGGAAGACUCCCUGAAAACCCCAAGAUCCCCCAUGCAGAACGGGAGCUGUGGGAGCUGUGCAACAAGUGUAAUUUGAUGAGGCCAAAGCGCUCCCAUCACUGCAGCCGCUGUGGCCACUGUGUAAGGAGGAUGGACCACCACUGUCCUUGGAUAAACAAUUGUGUAGGUGAAGACAACCACUGGCUCUUUCUGCAGUUGUGUUUCUACACUGAGCUUCUCACUUGCUACGCACUGAUGUUUUCUUUCUGCCACUAUUAUUACUUUCUUCCACUAAAAAAGCGGAAUUUGGACCUCUUUGUUGUUCGGCAUGAGCUGGCUAUCAUGAGACUAGCUGCCUUUAUGGGCAUUACUAUGUUAGUUGGAAUAACUGGACUCUUUUACACACAACUCAUUGGCAUCAUCACAGAUACAACAUCUAUUGAAAAGAUGUCAAACUGUUGUGAAGAAAUAUCGCGGCCCCGAAAGCCAUGGCAGCAGACCUUCUCAGAAGUUUUUGGCACUCGUUGGAAGAUCCUGUGGUUCAUUCCUUUCAGGCAGAGGCAACCACUGCGAGUUCCCUACCACUUUGCCAAUCACGUCUAAACAGAUGGAUGGUGGGCACAGAUGGGUCCUCCAUGCUGGAAAUGCGUUACAGGUUUUAUGAGAAUAGAACUAUGACAGUCUUCAAGUCAAUUAAAAUCCACCCACCAAUCUUAGGCAUCAUAAUGUGCCCCAGGCUUUAUUUUAAUAGUGAUCUUGAUCCUGUUGUGGGACUAAUACAAGAUCUAUAUUUAAGUUUUAAAAGCAUGUUUACUUUCAAAUUAGCCUUCCACCAGGACUCCUUUUGUUACCAAACUCAAAAGGCGGUGAUUGGGAUGAAAUAAUUGUACAUACAUUUCUUUCAGUACUCACAGUGUUUUAAAGUUUAAUUUAUAGGAAAUUUGAGAUGUUUAAUGUCUACCUUUAAGCAGUUACUAACCAAAUCUGAAUUUAGACUUGAUACACUUUGUUAUGUGUAAGUUUUCUUUUUCGAAUAUAAGUUAAAAUGCUUUUCGUUCCUCCCUUUCCUAUGUGCUGCAGGGUCUUUACUAUGCGUGUAAGGGGAACAACAAAGGGCAGUACUUGCCCAGGGGCAGCUUUCCGAUGCCUCCUCCUCUCCCGCUCAUCCCCAGGGGCAGCUUUCCGAUGCCUCCUCCUCUCCCGCUCAUCCCCAGGGGCAGCUUUCCGAUGCCUCCUCCUCUCCCGCUCAUCCCCAGGGGCAGCUUUCCGAUGCCUCCUCCUCUCCCGCUCAUCCCUAGGGGCAGCUUUCCCAUGCCUCCUCCUCUCCCCUCACCAAAAGUGAAGUGAGACACAUGAGUGUGAUGCACAACACUACCUUAGUAGAACGGGAAAAUUAUUUUUCCCUUCUGCUGCAGUUAUUGACUGCUAUUAGAAUGUUUGCUCCCAAGAGAAAUUUGUGACCAGGAAGGCACACGUUCCUGUUUUACCCUAAGAUUCUAUUGACUGCAAAGGGUAGGAAGUUGCAAUAAUUCCAGUUAAUUCUUCAAGUGCAGUUAUAUCAGAAUGCAGAUGUUUUAAAAUGCUAGUAUAACUGGAUGGUGUGUAAUACACAGUAUAUAAAGGAAUGCUGUGUUUUAAAGUAUGUAUAUUUUACUUAUCUGCCAGUAGAUCUCACUGUACACAUUGAUGGUUUAUAUAUUAUAUAAUAGAUACUGGUCAGCUCAUAUCAAAGCUUAAAAGUAGCUCAUCAACUUUAUAUACCAGUAAUCACUGAGGUUGAAAUUGAAUUUCCAUUGCUCAGUUAUAAUUUGCAUCACUCUAGAGAUCUUUUAUUAGUAGCUGAUGCCAAGAAAUUAUCUUAAAAUAGAAUGAUCUAUGGUAAUGAUAGUCCUUGACAAACACGGAGCCUUUUUGUAUGCAAAGACAUUUUGUAUGAUUUAAGUUUUUCAUUUAGAAUACUGCAAAUCCAUAUGUUUGAAAAGUGUGUGUGCUAGUGAUCUUUCCUCUGAAAAUAACAUAGAACAAAUCUACCAUUCGUGAACCACAUACAUACUUUUCUUACAGGUAGUUGUAAAGUAAGGAAUCAUAGCUGGGAAAUACUGAAACAGAGAUUAUUAUUGUUAGCCAGUCAGCUGUACUGUGGUUAGUUCUUCAGAUACUGUAAAUGUCUUAUAAAAUAUUCUGAAGUAAUAGAAUAAGCUCUUUUCAGAAAUAUUAAUACCAUAAUUUCAUGUUCUAAUUAUGUUUAUUUAAAAACUUAGAAGUGGCAGGUGAAAAUAUUUAUUGGUGCUAAGACAUAUAGUGAGUUUAAUAUAAGAAACAUUUAUAAAGAUUAGGAAACAAAGUUAGUAUGUUUAUUUUAGGCAGAGGGGUUGGAUUUUGUGCAAGCUGAUUGGCUCAUGACAGGUUCUAAAAGGAAGUGAUACAAGUUGAUGCCUUCAGCUGUAUCUAUUCUGUUCAUAAAAGACCUGGAGCAUUCAUAGCAGACCCAAAUGAAGGCCCCAUUUGGAGCUUUGUGGACGUGCUUAUACUCCAGUAACAGCAGUAGCUCUGACACAAGGUGAUGGGUAUGGUCUCUUUCCCACACUGGGGAUUUGUGGGUAUGGUUUUCUUAGAUGUACCACUUCUAGGGCACAUUCUCUUCCCUUUGUCUUUACUCUCCAGGUCCUAAUCCCUCUCCAUAGUUUUGUUGAGUCAUUGAAUUGCAAACUAAUGCACUAGUUUGAGCUACAGAAUGCUAAUAUCAGUGUAUUUACACAAUCUAUAUUGCAGUAUACCUAUAUAUACUUAUGCAGUAUUGUCAAAUGUAUAUUUCUAACCCCACUAGGGGUUUGUAAUCACUGUUAGAUUCCUAGAGAAAAACCUGUUGGCCAUUUCCUAGGGAUGAGCUCCUAUGUUCUUUCUGCGCCCUCUUUUGGCUAAUUGAUGUAAUUAUACUGGCUGUAGAGGCUUUUACUAUCCCAUUAGUGGUUUGUAUCUCCAAUCUGUGAACAUGCUAGAGGUACACACUUAUGGGAAUAUAUGUAUAAAGUGUAAAGUUUUAUGAAGAUUGAUCAUGAUUUGUUACUGUUGGGGAUGUUCUGUCUAGAUAAAUUGCUUGGCUUCAUGUAUGUAUAUUGUACACACUUUACUGUCAAUCACAAAUUUAGAUUAGGAUAAGGUAUUUCAUGUUUUACUUUAAACCUUAUUUUGGCAACUUAAUUUGUUAUCAUUAUAAAAACUUACUUUAAAAUUACUAUUUAUUACAGAACAAAACAUGUAUUACAAUUGCUGUGGCAACCAUGUUAUCCAGUGUGUUUUACUGAAUAUCUAAAAAAAAUACAUUUAAUUUUUUCAAUUCAGUUUUGGAAUGGUACCACACAUACACAGACUCGAUUGCCUUAAAAUAAUUAGUAAUUGAUUAAUAAUACUAUUUUUCUUUGCUUAAAAAAACCUUCUCAGUCAGAGUUAAACCUAUAGACUGAAUAGCCACUUCAUUUGCCCCUCUGAGUAACCAUGGAAAUAAGAACAUGUGUGGCGUAUGAGAAAGCAAAUGAACAACAGGAUUCCCUAUUAGUCUGUGUAUUGCAUUGGAGUGUUUGUUCAUUUAAUUUUAGCAGAAUGUGUGUUAAAUGCUAUUUUUACAUUAGCAGAAUCAUUUUUUGGGCUUCCAGAGUUAAAAUAUUAUGGCUAGGCUGCAUUUGCACUUAGUAAACAAUUAGGGUUGGGUUUGCAAGGUGACCCAGCACAUAAAGGUAUUUGCUGUGCAAGACUGGUGAACAGAGUUUUGCUUCCAGAACCCACUUGAAGGUGAAGGUGAAGAGAAAGAAGCCUGACUCCACAGAGUUGUGCUCUGACCUCUGCAAACAUGCCUUCCACGCAUGACCCCCAGCAUCAUGUAUCCCGCUCCCCCCACAUACUUAAUUGGAUGAGCUUCAUGUAGGCAACAAUGGACUGAGUUCAGAAUCUUCUAAACAUUGAGUGAUCUAUUAAGAGUCUUGGUACUUCAUACCAGACUUAUGUUUCAAUUUACUAAGCUAUCUAAUGUUACAAGAAAAUAAAAACACUAUUUUGUUUAAAAAUAGUAUUGGAAUAUUUUAGUUAACAUAGAAGAGCCACUUACAUUGUAGCUAACACAGGAACCUCUUGUCUCAGAAGACAGUGUAAUAGUAAUAAAGUCGGGGCUGGGGUAUUUCAAUGACAGAGUACACAGAGGUCCUGGCUUCAGAACCAGGGAAAGGAAGGAAAAGCAUUCAGACCAUAAGCAUAGGAAAUGCAGACGAAGUGAGGCAAACGUCUCAGAACCAACACCAGAACCCGGCACUAACGUGGAGAGGGCUCCACGCAUUCUAACCAUUCUUACAGAUGUGUUCAUUGUAAACACUAGUUACAAAGACUCAAAUUAAGAACACACUUCCAAACAGGAGGACAGGAGGUACAAGUGAAGGUAGAUGACAGCCACAUAGUUUUCUGUGCUGAUCCUGGGUAGUUUGAAUGUUCUUACCUGUAUUGCUAAAAGUCACAGCUUGUCUUACAGAGGCCUAACAUGGCAUUAAUACUCGUUAGCACAUGCUAACUUUUGUCUGGACUGUCCUCUGGCUAGUUUUCGUGUAUGUCACAUGUCAGUAGAUAACCUAGCUACAGUUCACUAAACUAAUACUUCAUUGUGUAAAUUUUGACAUGACCUCUACUAUACAUAGACUGUAUUGGGAAUUUAUUACAAACAUUAUGUAAUUUACUAAGAGUUAAAACAUUAGACUUUCACCCACCUCUACUAAUGCUUUGAAAGUUACAAGUAUUGACAAAUGUAGUUAGUAAGUCCUAUAAACUUAGUGUGUUCUACUUGCUAGUAUUAUUGACCAUGUAAUUAACUAAUGAGUGAGUAUAUGAUUCAGUAUCCACAUAUGUUAUCUUCUGUUGUAGAUACCAUGCUUGGCAUUCAUCUACAAAUAAAAAUCUUAGUAGAAUUUAUGUUUAGCUGUUCUUAGAUUCCACAAUAUUCUGUAGUAGAACACGGGGAAAGUUUUAGAAGCUGUUUACUUGAAAUAUUUUAUACCAGUAUUGUUACUGACUAUAUGAACCAAUAUUUAGUACUUGUGCUACCUUUGUGAUGGUUUAAAUUCAAGAAGUGACCUUUCUCACUUCUUCCAUUAUCUUUGUGCAUUUUUUAAAACAAAAUUUAUUUUUUAAAAGCCAUUUUGUUAAAACCAGUAACAUUUUUAUUAGUUAUUUAGAUGUGGAAAUAUUACUUGCUAGUGAUAAUUUUGAACAAAUUAUUACUAUUAUUACUAUUAUUAUUUGGAGACAGGGUUUCACUGGUUUUCAACUCAGAAUCCUUCUACCUUCACCUCCCAAGUCUGGGAUUACAGGCAUAUGCUGCUGUGCUUGGCUCAAUGCUUAAAAAUCUUAAGUCAUUGUUAUUACUGAUUUGACCAUCAUAUCUUUUAUUUUCUCCCCCUUUCUGCCCUAGGGUUUUGGUACCAAGGAGUAGCAAAUAGCCAAAAAUUGGAUAAAGAAAGUAGGGGACAUUAGUAAGAUGGAGAGAAGGCUAGAUGAACAUGAAUAAUCACAUCUCUGCAAAGCCUUGAUGAGAACUGGGGCUGUGAUACCAGAGGCACCUUGCCGGCCCCUGUCCCCCGAGCACCGUUUUACUGUAAGAGUCCUUCACUCUGGGAAGCAUUUAGUCUGAAUUAUUUAACCUCCACUUGGUUGCUCUUUCUCUUCAGCUGGCCAGAUGCUCCUGAGAGAUUAUUUUGAACUUUACCUGAAUUGUGUAGGAUAUGUUAACCUGCAUCAUUUUUAGCAUGCACAUGUUAAAAAUAACAGGGAAGUGUAGCUGUGUGAUACAGAGGAGAAAUGAUAGGUUGCCCAAAGUUGGAGAAAACUGGAACCUAUUUUAGGAGUCUCUUAUGACAAAAGAGGAAACCAACAGUUUAGGUAUGAAGGGGGCUUACACUUUAAAAACCAGGGUCUUUUGCUGUUCUCGAGACCCUAGAGGUCUUCCUUUCUGUUGGCAUUUUUAAUUCAUUACCUCAUGUGUGUAUUGGUAGUGCUUCCCACACUUGCUCAACUGUAUAAUUAACUAAUUACACAUAGGGCGUACUUUUCUCCUCAAUAGCUUUAAAUGUAAAGAUGUAGUCAGAACAGCCAUGACCAGGCACGGCUCCUUUUGUGCUUUGCUUGCUGGGUUCACUCAGUGCAGUGUCUGAUCAUUUGUAGGCUGUCGGUUAGAGAGAAGACGCGUGUGCAGACUGUGAGCUUUGUGUCCGAGCCAGUGUAGAUGGAUGGUAGUUUAACCUACUGGUGCCUGUGCAACUUAAACAUCCUGGUGCUAUUCACCUUAGCUUUGAGUUACAUCCUUAAUUCUUGAACCAAAGAGUUAAUUUUCUUUUUGGUUGGCUGGGAGUUAGCUUCUCACAUCUGUAUCUGAAGAAGUGAACAAUCAGUUGGCAGAACUUACUUUCUGUGAGUGAUUGCUCAGCAGAGUAAGUUGAAAAUGAUUCUUAUUUAGACUUAGGUUUUAUUCUGUUAUGCAGAGUGGUGUGGGUUUUAAUUUUGUAUGUUACUAUAUAGGGUGACUACUUUUUGAGAUAUUUUAAUAGGCCAAAGCUACUAAAAUUAUCAAAUCACUUUUCCCCUUCAUUUCACUUUGGCAGAGAAAAAAACAUUUAUUUCUAUAAGCAAAGUAUUCUAUUAGACACUUUUAAUGACUCCUCAACCAAAUGCUAAAAUAAAGGGCAAAUGGGUUCAUUUUUAAUUACAAGUCAAGAAUUUAGCAUUUCUCUCUGUGUGGGUAUAAUUCAUAAUGGCUCUAAUGAAUGAUACAGGUUAUUUGCGUAUUUUGAAAAUAAAAUGAAAUUAAAGGACACUUUUAAAAAACAUAUAAAUCAUACACACACACACACACACACACACAAUAACACACACUUUCCCAAUGCAAACAUAUCAACAGAAGUUGAACUUUACAACCAAAGUAGUCUAGAUGCUGCUGCUUUGUCUACAUGAACUUAGAGUAAGAUUGUUUGACGAUGUAAUGUUUUUAGGACUCAUUUUACGUCCCUGGCAGGAUGCAGUCCUGUUGUUGGACUUGUCCAGGUGCCAUACUGCUGCAUAUGGGUGCUCCCUGUUCUUUCCCGGAAGCUCUCUAAACACUUGUCAGUGUCUCCUUAAAACUGAAGCUGCUGUGCGAUGACUCAGACAGGAAGUGACAGUGCAGGUGGCUGAGAAGGUAGACAGUCACAUGAAAUGCUUGUGUUUCCAUCAGCUUUAGUCUGUGUCUCCGUUAGUACUGACGCAGUGGAUGGUUUUGCAGUGAAUUCUGAAUGGAAAAAAGAAUCGAGUCUAAAACUUGAGAGGUGACGAUCUCAUGAGCAUGAAGUAUGUCCAGAUGAGCAUACUUCAGAGAGAGGAAUUGGGGACGGGCAGCACUGUGUCUCCUGUGAGUUGUAUUGCCACUGGAUUGAUUCUUAACAAUCCCACUGCCUAUGCAUUGUUCAAAAGGCAGAGUACAGUAAUUUUUUCCAAGUUGUAGAUAGGAAUGAAUUCACCACUGCUUUGUCUCUUGGUGUGAUUAUUAAAGAGCAAAGGAAAAAUUAAUAUAUAUGGAAAGAAAGCAACUGAAGAUUCAAAAGGAAGAAAUUCCACCCCAGUCGGGUAUUUAGAUAAACGGGUUGUAAGCCUGAGGACAGGAUAGGCUCUUGGGCAAACAGACUGCAUGGACCACGAUAGCUGAGCACGCUCUGUGCUCAGGAUUAGUCUGGCAAGUGUAAUCACCACGCAACACCCCUGUCAUUUUGAGACUCCUAAAGUUUGCUGUCAGCCCCAAUUCUCACAUAUUCCUAAAUGAAAGACCCUUCUUGGGUUUUAAAACUGGUAGUACUGUAGGUGCCUGGGAAGACCCUGUCUUAAAACAUGCCAGUAUGCUUUUUGUUCAGUUGUGGUAUGUGGAAGUCUGAGGGCCGCGUGCCCGCCUCGUCUGCUGUUUUGCUUUGCCCUUACCCUACGGGUCUGCAGUACCAUUUCUAGUGUUAGCGGUAAUAAGGAAGAGAGUGCAUAGAGAAGGAAGAGCGCUCUGAGGGAGGGAGGGAGGGAGGAAGCCGACAGCUGGGAACUAGGAGAUGCAUUCAUUUGUUUAGAUGAGAAGUCUACACUGGUUCUUCUAAUGGAAAUGAACUUAUGUAUCUACCUUAAGAACAUCAUUGCUUUUAAUUUAUUUUAGUGAUUUUGUUUUAUUCAUGUAAUUGUCUAUUUUCUUUGCAAAUUGCCUUUAAUUUAAAUUGUGGAAUUUUUACUUCUCUUGAAAUGUACUAUGUACUGUAUUUUUAGAAAUCUUAUUUUUAAAUAAAUAUUUUUGAAAAACA